AUGCCAUAUACAUGUUAUAGAACAUAUUUACUAAAAAAAUAUGGAUUAACAAAAAGACAAGAAGGAUAUAAUAUAAAUGUAACUAAAAAUAGAAUUGAGAGGAAUUUUAAUUUUGGUGGAAUUUUUCAUUCAUUAAAUUUUAUAAAAAAUAUAACAUUAAGUUUGUUGUUUAUUUAUGGAGUAAAUAAUUAUGUUUUUGACAUGACACUUACUAGUGGUUCUAGUAUGUAUCCAUUAAUAAAUAAAGAUGGGGUAAUUUUAUUUUAUAUCUGUGAUUGCUCUUUACGAUUUUUUAACGAACUGAAGAAUAUGGCAAUAUAUAAUUAUAUGAAUAUAUUAUAUACAAUUUAUAAUAUUAUUCAUAGAAAUUUUGAUAAUAUAAAUUUUGUGAAAGUUAAAAAUACAAUAGCAAACAAAAUUGAAAAUUUAAAAAAUAAAAUCAAAUCAAAUCAAAAUGUCUAUAAAAGAGGUGAUGUUGUAUUAUUAAUAUCACCAAUUAAUAGUAAUAAAAGAGUGUGUAAGAGAAUUAUUGGAAUAGAGAAUGAUAAAUUAUAUGUAAAUGAUUUCAAUUCAUUUGUUGAAAUUCCACAAAAUCAUAUAUGGAUAGAGGGCGAUAAUAAACUGGAUUCUUUUGAUAGUAGAAAUUAUGGCUGUGUAAAUAUAAAUUUAGUAAUUGGAAAAAUAUUUUUUCUACUAGACCCAUUUAGAAGUUUUUCUUUUAUUAACAACAAAGGGAAUUGUGGAAUUGAACCAGAUCGAUUUGUGCACAUGUCCAAUUAG